ACCACAUUCAAUCUGGACAUCAUGUUUCCUUUCACGCUUUCUGUUUUUUAUUUUAUUUUUUUCCUUUCGUGUAACCACAGUUUCCUCACUUCCUUUAUCGCAGUUAAACAUGCACAGUAGUUGUGUGAAGAGUAGUACCAUAAUGUUGUCGGGUUUCUAGCAAGCUGAAUGGCAGACACAUCACUUUGAGCUACUAUCACCAGAGAUGGAGUUUGCAUGCAGUCAUGUUGUGUGUAACUGGAGGGCUGAAAACUUAACAGAAGAUGAAGCUAAAGUCUCAAAUCAAGGUUCCACCUCAAGUCUGCCCUUUGGUCUGUCCAGAGCUCAGUCUGUCUCAGAGCAUCCUUACGACAACCGCGUUACCAUCGUUCAGAAACCAACUCCGUCACUGGUUCCACCUCCUGUACCACCCCGUAACAUACAGCAGAAACACACACACUCUAGCUUUCACCCUCCACCUCUGCCACCAAGAGAUCUGGAUAACAAUGGAGAGGCUCGACUUAAAGCUAAUGUUAAUGUAGUAUCACUGAAAGUGGGAAGCCUUGUUGAGAUUAGAAAAGCAUCUGCUAUACAGAGCAACCAGAAACCAGUACAGUGUGAGAAAUGCAAUGCAAUCAUGUCCUCUACAAGCAACCCAGAGACACAACAAAACACAAUAAUGUGGAGCUGUGAGUUUUGUGGUAAGGUGAAUGUCUAUUCCCUGUCUGCACUGAAGGGUGGCCGGUUUCCCUUGCGGCCUCCUCCAGGCAGGGAUAUACUGUACAUGGAGGAUGACGAGGAUACAGAUUAUGAGAAUCUAGAUGACAUGCUCAUUGUCUUCUGCGUGGAUAUUUCCGGAAGUAUGAGUGUCACAUCUGAGAUCUCUCCUGGUAACAGCAUGCGCUCACCCACAUAUAUUUCACGACUGCAAGGAGUCCAAGAAGCUCUUCAGUUGGUGCUGUCCUCCUUGUUGAAAACAUCCCCUCACCGAAGAGUGGCGCUGGUGACCUUCAACAAUGAGGUCACGGUAUAUGGGGAUGGUACCAGGGUUCCUCUCUCCUUGAAAGACUGGGCUCUGGUGGACUACGACUACCUGAAGAAGGAAGGAGAAAACUACAGCACCCCUCACUGCAUUGCAGAGACUAUCCAGCCUCUUACUCAGAAAAUCAAGGAACUCAGAGAGCAUGGUGCUACAGCACUGGGUCCAGCUGCUCUCAUCUCUGUCGCCAUGGCAUCACAGUUCACUGGGUCAAAGGUCAUAAUUUGCACAGAUGGGCAGGCCAACAUAGGUCUAGGCCAAUUACAACAAGAGUCUUCCCAUUGUCCCACCCCCUCACCCUAUUUUUACAACCACUUAGCCUAUUAUGCUGCAGAAAAGGGUGUGAUAGUGUCAGUGAUGACCUUUGAAGGAGAGGACUGUCGUUUGGCUGAGGUGGGAAGGCUGGCUGACCACACUGGAGGCAGAAUCAAUAUUGUAAAUAUUGGUACAGUUGCCACAGAGAUUCAGAGUGCUAUAGCUGACAAUGUCCUGGCAACAAGUGUCAUGGCAACACUGCUGGCACCUGAUGGCAUGUACUUCCCCUAUGAGGAGGAAGAUCAUUGCUUAGUGAGAGAUAUCGGUAACGUGACAGAAGGAGUUGAGAUCACCUUCCAGUUUGCAGUCAGACCAGAAAAAGUUGAAAGUUUCCAAAGAAGAGACAGGGUCCCUUUUCAGUUGCAGCUCAAUUUCAGGACUCGAGAUUUGCAAAGAGUGACGAGAGUUAUCACUCAACAGAAACGAGUGACAACAACCAGUUGGGUGUGGGCGGGCAGUUUAAAUAUGUCUGUGUUGGCCGUUCACUGUGCCCAGCUGUGUGCCCGGCUGACUAUGGAGGGCAAAGUGCAGGAAGCACAAAGGCAACUCAUAGCUCAGCAGGAACUUCUAAAAGAUAUAAGUGAACAGAAGCCAAGACCUAAAGAGGAAAGUGUCUAUGGGAACUGGAUCAGUACUAUGAGUAUGAUCUGUGAUGACCUCACCAUUGUCAAAAAGAACACAACAGAAACUGACGCCCAACCAGCAAGCCGAACAUCUUCCAACGCAAGUCUUUCAGAUGAGGUGGCCAAGGUGGUCUACCAAAUGAAGAGAGCAAAGAGUGUGAACGGAAAAGGACAGAGAGUUGCCAUGUUGGAGAACUGAGUUGCCAAGACUCAUAGGAAGUAAUUUGAUAGUCUUAAACAAGUGAAAUACCCAUGAACUUUUACAAAUUUACUCUGAAUUAAUUGCUGCAUCAUUCGCCAACUAUGGACAGUUAAUACUGCUUGGAAUGUACAUGAUGUGAAUGUACAAAAAAAUGUGUUGUGUAAAGCAUGAGUCACUGACCUAGUAACCUCUGUAGUGGAAAGACUGCAUGUUCAACAUGUACUAGUGUUUAUCUUUGUCUGGCAACUUGUAUUGUAUAAAUGUAUGUCAAAUAACCAGUGUUCACUAUGGUACUAUACAUGGGGACUGUAAUAAUAUAGAUAAUAAAAUAAAUAAAAUAUUUCACAGUCCCAGACUUGCUUUCUCUGUAUUUGUGCUCACAACAUCUUAUUAAGUACAGUCAUCCUGCAAAUUACUUAUGCUUUUUAUAAACCAAACAAUUUUUUGGUGUAUAUUGUUGAGAGAAAUGGUGAGAACUGGUUGGAACUAACCUCAGGGAUGUGGUACAUGACAAGACAGUCUUGAUCACUCAGUCAUUCUGUCCCCUUCUUAUCUUGCUCUCUAAUGUUCAUUCUUUAUAUUUAUAGCAGCUGUAGAAGAACUUUUGUGUUCUAAAAUAGCAUUCUUGAAAUGAGGUGAUUCUACCUAACAUUUAAAUCUCUGCCAUCGGUAUGUACCUUGUGUCACAUCUGGUUUCACCCCCUGUGUCACGCGCACAAGAAGAGACAGUCACAAUGUCGAAUAAAAACAGCUUUAUUCGAAAAAACAGGCAACAGUACAAAAAGGGCAAAUCCAGUGAAGAGUCGUCAAGGGGGAGCGUGAGGUCGAAGCCGGGGAAUCAGAAUAUAACAAAGGGCAAAUCCAGUGAAGAGUAGUCGGGGGAAGCGUUAGGUCGAAGCCGGGAAAUAGGUAAACAACUAGACGGGACUUGCGAGAGGAAAAGACAAGGGAAACUAGGGGAACACUAGCGCUGGCAAAGCGAAGGGGUACACUAAACAAUAACCAACAAGAGUGAGACGAAAGGGUUGUGAUAUAUAUAGGGGAAAAAACGAGCGGUGCAGGUGAAACGAAUAACCUAGUGAUAGAGACGAGUACACUGCCCUACAAAGGCAAAACGCCGUAACAUCAUGUUUGGUCAAAAAUGAGUUAAUGUCAUUUUUGGGGUAUUCAAGACCCCCUUUAUCAUGUGAAUAAAUAUCAUCAGUCAAUUUGAUUGUUUUAACGAGAAAUUAAAGGGCUAUGACAACCGUAACAUCCAAAACCAUACGAGAAACCACAGCAGAACGCCGUAACAGUUGUUACGGCUCUUAGCCUUUGUUCCGGCACGCUGAAGUUGAGUUUAAGGUGUUCUAACUUUGUUUCGCCUGGCAUCAAGAGAGAUGUUACGGUGCCACUGUGAUGUUACUGUACUCUGGCUUUGCCAUACUGUCAAAGAUUACCGCUCUUUUAUUGUCACCAAACCGCGUAACAUACACACGACACAUCUUUGAAAUAAAGUGUAGACUGCCGACUGCUUGUUUGUAUUAUUACUCUGUGAUAGCGAUGUGAUAGGGCGAUGGUUCAGAUCUGUCAAUGUCAGUGACAGCCUGGAGCUAGCUAAAUUUAAUCGGUGUCACGUAAAUUAGCGCUAACGUUGACGCUGACACUCGCCUCACAUCAGAUGCUGAAAACCAAAUAUUAAAUACAGAGGCAUCCUACCUUUCCAUGCAAUCCGAUAUAAUCCAUAGAAGAUAUAAUCCAUAGCAAUGCACGUCAUCUGCUGUACCCACAACAAUCCAUACGUGUUUGAGCCAUAUUUCCUUCUUGCAGGUGUUCACGUCAGAUUUUACAGCUAUCGCUAACGUCCGUACAAAGUAGGCUAACCUAAAUAGUAAAAGUAAUUCCAACUUUUUUUCGGUAUACUCUGUCUAUAUUAUCUCAGAAUUAAAAAGUAGUAAUCCAAGUCAAGUUCGUUGACUGAGCAUCUUGAGCAGUUUGGUGGCCCUUAACCCUUUAACUGUCACCCCUCCCCCUUUUUUCGCAUAGACAUGAAAAUCACUAUCCAAACUUAAAUGGUUGUAUUUCAAGAAUGUUUUGUCAUAUAUACCUAUGGACAAGUUGUGUUCCAAAUUUUAGGUUGAUAUCUCAAAAAAUUUGCUUUCAGUAAGAUUUUAUUUGGGCGCAGUAAAAAACUUGGAAUGAGCAGCCUCUAAUCUCUAAUGUAUUGGUCUAAUGUUUAAUUAAUUAUUACUCUAUAUCUUGCAU